AUGGCAACAAUUGCUGAUUUACUUUUCAUGCCAAAAUCAUCCGUUCAUUUCAUUAUACAACAAUUUGAGAAAAUGAAAACUAUCAAAAAUAUUGUAUCAAGUAGAUUGGUACGUCGUCGUCUCCAAGAACAAGGUUAUCACAGUACAGUUGCUAAAAAGAAACCUCUGGUGACAAAUGUUCAUCGUUUAAAACGUCUUGGGUAUUCUUAUUCAUAUUUAGCAAAAUCAAUCAAAUUCUGGGAUCGUGUGUUAUGGUGCGAUGAAGCAAAAUUUGAUUUUUAUGAUUCUAAUAGAAGACAAUUAGUAUGGACCAGAAGAGGAGACGAUUUACCAUCAAACUGUAUUAUACCAACUGUUCAACAAGGUGGUGGAAAUAUUGUAGUAUGGGGAUGUAUGGGUAAGAAAGGUGUUGGUAAAUUAGUUUUUUUAGAGGAUAACAUGACUGGAUUAAUUUAUAAAAACAUACUUGAGAAAAAUUUAUAUGCAUCAGCAAGAAAAUUGGGAUUAUCAAAACAUUUUGUGUUAAUGGAUGAUAACAAUCCCAAACAUCGUUCAAAAAUAGUUGUUGAUUGGGUUCGAUCUAUGGGAAUCGAAAAACUAUGGAGGCCUUCUCGUAGUCCAGAUCUUAAUCCGUUGGAACACAUAUGGCUCUUCGUUAAGCGUGAAUUACAAAAAGCUCCAGCUCAAAAUUUAAUAGAAUUAAAAGAAAAAAUUAUCGAAAUAUGGAAUUCGAUUGAAGAAAAAACAACUGCACCUCUAGUUAAUUCCGUACAAAAUCGAUUAAACGAAUGCAUCAAACAAAAGGGAUUUCCUACAAAAUAUUGA